UCGCCACUUCAUCAUGGCUCCCCAAGGGUUCUGGCUCUCGCGAGAAGGAUUCACCGCAGACGUAACGGGAAAGUUCUUACAACGAACCAUCCUAAGCCCCUGGAAGACCCUCCCGCUCCUUCUCCUCGCCCACUACACCUCGAAAGGUCAAGCUACAGCCUUAAACCAUCCGAAAGCCUUCAGGGCUCUUAAAAUUCUCGCUACCUUCGCCAUCAUCCGCCGCAUAAACGCAUGGCUCAAUCAGCGCGUUCUCAACAACGGCCUCACAGACCAGUACCACUGGCACAGGGAGGUCGUCGUCCUCACGGGCGGCAGUAGCGGGAUUGGGCGACAGAUCGCGCAACUUCUCGGGAACCGCGGCAUCAAGGUCGCGAUCCUGGACAUCCAGCCUCCCCAAGACGGACAAGCCAAUCUGCCCUCGACUGUCCGCUACCACAAAUGCGAUAUCACGUCGCCUUCUGCCAUCGCCGAAGCAGCCGCUGCUAUACGCACGACAAUGGGCGAGCCCACAAUCCUCAUAAACAACGCGGGCAUUCUUAGCAGCCGCACUAUACUGGGCAGCACGGAGUCGCAGACCCGUCUGCAGUUCGAAGUCAACACGCUCUCACACUACUGGCUCGCUAAGGAGUUCCUCCCCGGAAUGAUUAAGAAUAACCACGGCAUGGUCGUUACCGUCGCCUCGCAGGCCGGAUACACUGUCACGCCGAACAUGGUCGACUACUCAGCAACUAAAGCGGCCGCGAUCGCAUUCCAUGAAGGUCUCGGUGCAGAACUAGUAACGCGGUACAAUGCGCCGCGAGUGCGCACCGUGCUCAUCACGCAGAGCUUUGUUAACACAGGACUAAUUGAUAAGUUAACUCCUGAGGAUACGUGGUUGCAUCCGCUAUUAAAUCCAGAGACGGUCGCGGAGGGCAUUGUGGAGCAGGUUCUCUCCGGGAAGAGUGGCCAUGUCCUGCUUCCCGGGUCAACGGGAUGGCUUGCGAAGUGCUUUAGGGGGUUUCCGCUUUGGUUUCAGCAUGCGAACCGCAUUAAGUUGGAGAAGUUGAUGAGAGCUGAUUAGGGUGGAGUUUGAUGGGUUGGGUUCUGGUGUUUAUACAUAAUUCAACUGCGUGAUUGUGGUGUAUUUGGUAUAGGGCUGUAUAUAGUAUACCGUUUGCGGUCUAUACUACCCGUACUUUCUUCCUUGUA